GCGGUUACCCAGAAUCCCUUUCGAAUUUUCAACCGCCAUUAUUGUCUUUCUUUCUGGUUUCGCGACAUUUUGAAAGAUUUUUUAUUGAUAAUAAGGCUGAAAAUGUCGGACAAAAUAGACAUGUCUUUAGAUGAUAUCAUCAAAUUGAACAAAAAUGAUUAUCGGAUGUUGCGUGGACGAGGCCAGAGAGGCGGAAGAGGUGGAAGGGGACGAAGUAGCGCGACGACGGGUCGUUCACGUGGAGCUGGAGCAAUAAGAACAAGAACGAAUCGAGGAAGAUCAAGACCCACUCCUUACAACAGACCUAAAGAAUUGCCAGACAAAUGGCAGCAUGACAUGUUUGAUGGCGGUGUUGGUCAACGAAUCACAACUGGACCGACUAAACUUUUGGUAUCCAAUUUAGAUUAUGGUGUAUCAGAUGCUGACAUUAAAGAAUUGUUUGCGGAAUUUGGACCACUAAGGAAGGCUGCUGUCCAUUAUGACAGAUCUGGUCGCUCUCUUGGUACAGCAGAUGUUGUUUUUGAAAGGCGUAGCGACGCAAUUCGAGCUAUGAAGCAGUAUAAUGGUGUUCCUUUAGAUGGUCGCCCAAUGAAUAUUCAGAUUGUAACCUCAUCAUUGCCUGCCUCUGGACGAACUGGCAGAGGGGCUAAAGGAGGAGGUGCAGGACAACGAAACUCAUUUGGAAGUAGAGGUAGGGGGCGAGGUCGAGGUGGAAGAGGAAACCUGACACGAAAAGUGCCAACAGCAGAAGAAUUGGAUGCCGAGCUGGAUGCUUAUGUGAAUAAGAUGGACUGAGUCCUUUGGGAAAGAAUGUUUUCCAGGUGAAAUUCUCCCAUCCACCACCAUAUAAUCUGAGUCAAUAUUUUGUAUCACCUUGUAAACUUCCCAUGAUGAAAAGCAGUGUUGUUUUCUUUAUCAGAAUUUUUUAUGUAUAAAUUUAACCAUCUCUUAUAAGAGAUGUGCAUUGAUUACACAAAUUACCGAAAGUAAAUUUUCUUUAUUCUAUAUGUGUGUGUAUGAAAGCUGUGUAUAGGAAAAGCGUAAUAUUUUGUUUAGUAAAGUCCGACAAUUGAAUUCAUCCAAUCAUCUCUUAUUUCACCGAGUAUACGUUUUAACACAUCACAUAAUUCAUCUUACUUUUUUUUUUAAUCAUUUGUCUGUGUGUACUUCGAAAUAUACUGUAAAUGAAACACUUUACGAGAGAAUAAAAACAAGUUGUUUUUUAUUGUA